UGAUGGUAGUUUGUCUAGGUGGUUGGUCGUGGUAACAGGACAUCGCAUCUCAUUGCUUGGCUACUCUCUAACGAAGCUUUUUGUGUUCCAAAGAAAUUUUACCGGAAUGCCAUCGAAAAGGUGGACAAGUGGUUCAGGAUACGAUGGCCUCUUUGGCGAUUCGUUUUUCUCGGAUUGCUAUCGUAUCGUUGACGGAAGCAGCGGUCAAUCUUCCAGAAGAAAACACAUCAUUCACGAAGAUGUGACUACGGAUAUUUCCGAGGACCGAGUUAAACCUUGGUUCCGCAAGACCAACUUGAGCAGAAUUAGUGAUGAUGACAUUUAUCAAGUAAUGCUGGAGGUGACCAAUUUCACUCCUUCCGAACUUAGUGUGAAGCUAGCCAAUGACAAAACGGUCAUCGUCGAAGGGAAACACGGAGAGCGACCUGACAUGGAUGGUUUUGUUUCUCGGGAGUUUACCCGCAAGUAUAAUUUGCCAGAGAGCGUGGAUCCAUCAAGUGUGGAAUGUUACUUGUCGAAGGAUGGGGUGCUGGUUAUUCGAGGUCAUGCUCCACGGUCAAAUAGGUUGUACAGCUCUCAUGGAAAACUAUUCGGAGAACAAAUACAGGAUCACGAUAGUCUCGUCCCUAUUUUUACCCAAGGUUACCACACUCGACACAACAAUGCCAGUAGCAGCACAUCCAUACAUCACCUUAAUGAACGAAUUAUUCCAAUUUCUCGAGAAAAUGGAGCUCCAAAGGCUACCAACAACAAUACCUUUACUGCCACAAAAACUGAACUGGAUGGAGAUCAUGAAUUGUCUUCAGGACGAAGCAGUCGCAGUGACAAGGGCCGAGCAACGCUAUCCCCACAACCAAACGAGUUUGCAGACAAUAAUGGGACAAGUGGACGAAGGAGCCGAACAGUUUCCUUUAAUGAGGACGAUACCAUCGCAAGUAACUCUCCGAUAAUUGAGGAACCAGCUUCGACCCUAUCCGAUGGUUUUACACCAGAACCACAGUCCAAGAAAAUCCCAACCCUCAGUCGCCAGAACAAUGUCCAGGAGUCAUUCUCAGAGUUCCGCAGUAGUAGCAGAAUGAGCGAAGAGAGGUCUUCCACCCCGACCAGCAAAAAUGGUAAAAACAACACAGAGACAGCAAUUCUUGGUCUGGAUGAUAAACGUGGAGAAUUCUUCCGUGAUCACAACCACGAUUUUUUAAGGACUCGCAGCCCCCUCGACAACUUUGACAAGCUUCACAAAGAAAUUAUUGAUAGACACCGACACAUUUCUAGAGAAAGUUUGGAAAGAAUGCAAAUGGAAUCUGACAAAGUCUUACGAAAUGUGAGCCCUAUUUUCCAGUAUAAUCGGGACGAUGAUGAUUUCAUGUUGGAUUCUGCUCUCAAAAAAUUUGAUCGAAACCCCUCCAAAUGGCACACCAGCAUUCCUCCAAAGUCGAAGGAGGAACAAUACGAGAAAAAAUUUGAGAAAGGUUAUGACAAGGAUGGAAACUAUACACAAACGCUGGAAGAGAAAAUGUUUUCCCAUCAGUAUUCUUCCACAUCAGAGUUGGGCCGAAAAUACCAGCCUCGAAGCUUGUUUGACGACGAUAAGCACCACAAGUCAUUGGAGCAUCACUUCAACAUUUCAUCCGCAGCCUAAAUAAUGAAAUUUAAACCGAAGUAGGUGAAUGUAAAGGAUGUUAUUUCUUGUUAAUUUUACUUUCCAUUUUGGACAGUCGACCGAUGUGAACCGAAGUACCUUCUAAAUACUGAUCAAAGUAUUCCUAUAAUUUGUCACAUACACGAUUAAUGUGUCAACUAACUACAACCAUAAACAUGUGCAUAUUUAAAAUGUACACUUAUGGAACUAAUCAUUUAGCAGGAGUAAACGCAUAAGUAGAAUGGGAUGAUGUCUAAAACAAUAAUAUUAUGCUGCACAUUUUGUCAUAAAAAUAAAGAACUAAAACCAUCUCAAAUUA